UUGAAAAAUUAAGACAGGGUUCGUCGUGCCACGCUUAAUUUUCGUACCUUUUAACAGCUUGGCCAUUUAGAAGCCUUUAUCUAUCUUCAGAAUGUGUCCUAGACGAAUUAUUUUAAACAGCAAUCAAUCACGUGACACGAAGUUUAUUGAUCGCCGGAACAUGCGAUGUUCUCUUCCAGAAGAAUGAUUACGUGCACGAUUAAAAUGGAUUCUGGUGAUAAGUUGCGCCAUAAAAAUUGAAAUUUCAGAUUUUUGACUUUUAAUUAGAUCACGUGUUGUGUGCGUUGGCACUUAAAUGAAAUGUCUAACGACCGAGGAUGUUCGGGAUAAAAUUUAAAUAUUUUUAUGUACAAAGUCAAAAUUAAUUAGACAGUUCUAAUGUUAGAGAAGAAUUAGGUGUUUUCUUUAAUUGAAAAUUCUUUCUUUCUGUUAAGUACGAUUAAUUUUUGGAUUGUGAAAUAAUGAGACGGAAAUGCCCGAAGGUUACUUAGUGUAAUUACUUUGUUUUGUGUGGCUAAAAAGAAAAUAUUUUGCUAUCUACCUUUACUUUUACGUUUAAUUACUUCUAAUACCUUCAUUAAUCUCACGCUGGUCUUAGUAAAAUCCUUUAGUUAAGUUCAACGAUAGAAAUCGUGAAUUCUAUUUUAAUCUGCCACGAGGAAAUUGUCAAAAAAUAUUUGACAUAAAACUCAUUGGCGAAUGCUAAAAAUUAGGCAGUUACCGGAUAUGAAAUAAGGUGUAACUGAAGCAACUUCAAUUUUGGCACUUGUCCAUCUCAACACGUGGUCUCUCGACAGCAGGCAAAAUGGCCGAUCACUCGGAACUUAUUGCCGAGAUGGCCAUCGUGGAAAAAAUGAGUACUCAGGAACGUCUGAAACACGCGAAGAAACGUCGGAUACAGCAGCUUAAGAAAUGGAGUAAUCGUGAAAAAGAAGUUAACGCUAAACGGAAGAAAACCGAGCAGAAUAUGAAUAAAAAAGUUAAGAAACAUGAUUAUAAAGUUCACUUCGUGCCAAGUGUCAUGCUGUUGGAAGCCGCUGCUAGAAAUGAUAUCGAUGAAGUUCAAAGAUUAUUAAUGUUAGGAGUUAGUCCUGAUUCUACAAAUGAAGAUGGUCUUACUGCAUUACAUCAGUGCUGUAUUGAUGAUAGUGAAGAAAUGAUGAAAUUGUUGCUUGAUUUUGGUGCCAAUGUCAAUGCUAAAGAUAGUGAACAAUGGACUCCUUUACAUGCUGCAGCUACUUGUGGGCAUUUACAUCUAGUAAAAUAUCUUAUAAGCAAAAAUGCAGAUCUGUUAGCAGUGAAUGCUGAUGGAAACAUGCCUUAUGAUAUUUGUGAAGAUGAGGCAACUUUAGAUUACAUUGAAUCUGAAAUGGCCAAAAGAGGAAUCACUCAAGAGAUGAUUGACGAGACUCGCGCACAGCCAGAAAGAAAUAUGUUAGCUGAUUUAAAGUACAUUGUGGAAAAUGGGGAUGAUUUAGAAUAUAGGGACCAUCAAGGAGCAACUCCUCUUCACAUUGCUGCGGCAAACGGCUAUGUAGCAGUUGUUGAAUUUUUGUUAGAUCAUCACGUUCCUACCGAUAUAAAUGACAAUGAUUUCUGGCAACCAAUUCAUGCUGCUGCAUGUUGGGGUCAUCCUGAUGUCAUAGAACUUCUAGUUCAAGCAGGUGCUGAUCUCAAUGCAAAGACUAAAAAUGGAGAAACACCUUUUGAUAUAUGUGAAGAUCCUGAUCUGAAAGAUAGACUUAUGCAGCUAAAGAACGAGCAAGAAAUCAAACGUGCUUCUCAACCUCAGAAGUUAAGAAGAACACAAAGUCAGAAUACAAGAAGUCAGUCUGUGAGACGAACAAGUAUUAGAGAUAAAUCUUUAAUGUCACGACGAGAGGCACAGGAAGAAGCCAGAAUUCGUCAAGAAAAACAAGAACAAAACAGAAAUGAAGAGGAUGAAGAAGGAAGAAUAUUACAAAAUGAUAAUCUUCUUGGAAUUGAUGACAUUGAAGUAAUUCUUCCACCAAUAAAUACAAAAGAUACAUUUCAAAGAAUUAAAUGUAAGGGCAUAAAUGACAGCAGUGAAGCCUGUGAUGAUGCUGCUUAUGUAACUAAAGUGUUUGAUGAAGCAUUAGCAGGUGAAAAAGAAUCUUUAACACAAGAUAUAGUUCAGUCACAAGACACAAUUAGUUCACACGAAGAUGCCAAAGAAUAUUCCGUAAAUUCGGAAGAUAUUACUACUACUUCAGUUACUUCGUCACCUCCUCCUAGUUAUGUUGAUGUGUCUCAAACAUCUGUGCCAGCAUUUAAUCAAGGAGAGUCUGUAAAAGUUGAAAUUCAUGUUACUGUUAAUACAAGUCCCACCUACAGUCCAAGUGCAUGCACUUUGGCAGACUUAAAAAAGCACCGAUCGGAUAUGCGAACGCGCAGCAGCUUGUCUUUAUCAUCACAACAAGAUGUAAAUGGCAAACUUUCAAACAGUGGUCAUCACUUUAGUGCAACAUACAGAUACGAGCCUCCACCCUCACCUACCAUAUCAUUGAGAAGAUACUGCAGUGAUCCAUCAGAAAUUGUAGGAGAACCUCAAAAACAGGGAUGUUGUACAAUUAUGUAAUAAAUAUUGCCAAAGUUGUGUAUUUAAGGUGCAUGUUUUAUUCUAUAGAAAUAAUUUACAAUUUUUUUUUGUAACAUAGAUGUAAAUUAUUCUGUUAUCCAGCUUAUGUGCAAUAUCCAGUUGAUGUAAUUUGCACUGUAUUGUUAUGACUUCUAUAAAUGGAUCUUUAUAAAAAUGUUUGUGCCAUUUAGUGCAUCAUGAUGUCAACGUUUUUAUAUUAAUGCAUAGUCUGUUUCUGAGAAAACUGUUGAAAGAAUAUAACAUUCCUAUUAAACAAUAAAAAUUUUAAACAUUUU